AAUGAUUGACACAAAUUUAUGAAAAACAUUAUAAUAUAACUCUUAUAAAUUCUAUACUUUAUAAUAAAAACUUACAAUUUUAUAAAAACUAUCAAUUUAAUCAACAAAGGAAUAAUCCCGCGUUUUGAAAGCACAGAUCAAAAUCUACUAGAACUAUAAAACAAAUUUUAUUAUUAUUAUUAUUAUUAUUAUUAUUAUUUGGUUAAAACAAGUUUAAGUUUGGAUCCUAGUAAAAAGGAAGAUCCACCAAAAAAGGAGCCAAAGAACAAGACCUUGCCUUUGUCGUUGAAUCUAAUCCAAUUUCCCAUAUCUGAAACCUAUCUGUCACAUUUCUUGAUCUUUUAAUAACUGAAUAUACCACAAAACACAAAAGUUUCCGUUUGUGUUUUUCUCAGAUUUAAAACAUAAGAAAAAGUAUAGAUUAAGCAAGUGAUUAUGAGUCACAAAGUCUCCAAGAAGUUAGACGAAGAGCAAAUCAAUGAGCUCCGAGAGAUUUUCCGUUCAUUCGACCGGAACAAAGACGGAAGCUUAACACAGCUCGAGCUCGGAUCACUUCUCCGAGCACUCGGGCUUAAACCGAGUCCAGACCAAUUCGAGACACUGAUCGACAAAGCUGACACUAAAAGUAACGGACUCGUGGAGUUCCCAGAGUUCGUGUCUUUGGUCUCGCCGGAGCUUCUUUCAGAAGAGAAAACGAGGACUCCUUACACGGAGGAGCAGCUUCUCCGGUUGUUCAGGAUAUUUGAUACUGACGGUAAUGGGUUUAUCACUGCGAAGGAAUUGGCUCAUUCCAUGGCUAGGCUUGGCCAUGCCUUGACGGUGGCGGAAUUAACAGGGAUGAUUAAGGAGGCUGAUAGCGACGGAGACGGCCGGAUUAAUUUUCAGGAGUUCUCUAAGGCCAUUAAUUCUGCCGCAUUUGACGAUUUGUGGGGUUGAAAUUUCUUCACCGGUGGCUCUUCCCUCAUUUGUCAUUUACUAUUUUUAGUUUCUAUGAACACUAAUCUACAAAAAAAAUUAUAUACUUAGAAUCAAAAUAAUACUUAAGUCGAAAGUCCGGUUCGAUCUGGGAAAUUUUGGGAAACGGUAUGCUUACAUGCACCAGUAUAAAGUGGAGACUGUGUCUGUGUCUUAGUCUUAGGCACAUCUAUCAUGAACAUGCACGCCAAUUGUGGAGGCCAAAGAUAUGCUGCUUGGCUUUGUACGGUCUCACAGAAAAGUAAACAACAUAAACCCCUAAAAAGGCACCGUAAAGAGUGUUCUCAGCUCCUAUUAUCAGCUUGGUUUACUUGUAACUAAGUCCUAACCUGUUCAAACAAGUCUAAUCUAUUGUAGCAACUCCUUGGGGUUCUUUUUUUGGGUUAGCUCUCUGCUAAUGCUUCUUGUAAUCGAACAUUUUCCUUUGGUACUAAUAUGAUUUGCAUUUUAUCAAAACUAAAGAAAAUGAGGGUGACAUUCAUGGGUGUUCUUGGUCUAAUCAAUGAUCAUAAUUUACAAUGUUGAUUGUGAAAUUCAGUAACAAAGAUUACGGGGAGAAAUCUAUACACAUAACUAACGUUAGACAGACUCGAUUAAUUCAACCUGAAUCACUAGAAUUUCUAUCUGAUUCCUUUUUCCUUUUGCUUCUUUUUCAUCCUUGAACACACCAAGUCCGCACCAAUAAGACAACCUUUAAACAUUUAUUUCUGAAAAACAAAACCCUCGCCAAUAAAACUCCCUGUUUUAUCUACCGACACAUCAUCUAAUUCAUCAGACCACCUAAGAUAUGUACCCACAGACAGCAGUUUUUGGAUGGAUCAUCGAGUACAAAUUUCA